AUGGACGGCAUCAGAGAUGGAUCCUCGCUCGUGGCAUUCGGAAAAUCAAUGCGAGACUCCCAUUUCCUCUUCGCUGAUGGACAUAUCAACUUGAACCAAGGUUCCUUUGGAGGAUAUCCUCGAAGGGUCCAGGAGCGCCUAAGACAUUUCCAGAGUGCCGCAGAGGCAGAACCAGACCGGUUCAUCCGCUAUACCUAUCCUGAGCUCCUCCGCCAGAGUCGGGCUCUGCUGGCGGACGCCCUGCACUGCCCGGUGGACGAAUUGGUCUUGUGUCCCAACGUGACGACAGCCACCAACACCGUCCUUCACAACCUCCGAUGGGAAGCUGGGGACAAGAUCAUCUACACCUCUGGGGCCUACGGGGCGUUGGAGAAGACCAUCGACUACGUUGUGGAGUCGACCGCGGCGGAGAGCGUCAAGGUCGAGCUCGGACUCCCUCGCAGCGACGACGAAAUCGUGGACCUGUUCCGCGCUGCGGUGAAGAGAGAGAAGCGUAAGUGCGAAGCAGACGGCCAGGGCCGAGUCCGCGUGGGGGUUUUCGACACGAUUGUCAGCAUGCCCGGCCUGCGGAUGCCGUUUGAGAGGCUUAUCGAGACCUGCCGAGAGGAGGGGGUGUUGAGCCUUGUGGAUGCCGCCCACGGCAUCGGCCACAUCCCUCUAAACCUGACAGAACUCGAUCCGGAUUUCUUGGUCACCAACUGCCACAAAUGGCUGUACGUUCCCCGCUCGGUGGCGGCGUUCUUCGUGCCCCGGCGGAACCAGCAUCUCAUCCGCACCACUCUCCCCACGUCACACGGGUUUCAGCCUCAGGGAAAGGAUAUCUACGACCCUAUGCCGGCUUCCGCAGAGGAAAACCCCAUGGUCAAGCAGUUUGAGUACUUUGGUACGAUCGACGGAGCACCCUACUGCUGUAUUGAGGAAGCGCUAAAGUUCCGAGAUGAAAACUGUGGCGGAGAAGCCGCUAUCCACGACUAUUGCACCGCCUUGGCCAGCAAAGCAGAGCAAAUCCUGGUUGAAGCGCUGGGCACCGAGUCAUUUGGCAUUCCGGAAACCCACCGAGUCUACUUUGCCCACGUUCGCCUGCCUAUCCCGGUCGGCGCUGGUGCUGGCGAGGUCCCUUUGGAGGACGUGCCAACCGUCACCCAGUUUAUGAAUCGCGAGUUUGUGGAGAGAUAUCGAACAUUCUUGUAUUUGUUGUUCUACAACGGGGCAUGGUGGGCUCGUCUCAGUACCGCCGUGUACGUAGACGUUCGAGACUGUGAGUACGCAGCCCAGGUCCUGCGAGAUUUGAGCGAGAGGGUCCGCAGGGGGGAGUACAAAUCUUGA